AGGUGGCAGUAAUAAGCUCGCGAGCUAGAUGCUAGCAUACGAGCACGGAAGAACGAAAGAGAAAGCGAACAUUAUAUUUGAUUAGUUGGUAUUGUUCCUGUUUCACAAAGAGCUUUUUUGUUUGUUUUAAAAAAUUCGUGUUCUACAUCAUGAGUCGAAGAUGUGUUUUCUUCUUCCUGAUCCAGCUGCUGAUAGACAAUGCAACAGCACAGGUUGGAGUGACUCGUAAUGCUGUCGUAGGUGGUACAGUCAUCUUACCCUGUUCCACCAAAUCCACUGCAGAGAUUGGGGAUGUAUUUUGGCGAUAUGAAGAAAACAAAGUAGUGUUGGAGAUCAUCAACGGUAAAGAGAAUUUUCAAUACCAGAGUCAAGAAUACAGAGGCAGAGUUAGAGCUUUUUCAGCCGAGUUUGCAAAGGGAAACUUCUCCAUCAAACUGAGUGAUGUGAAACUCUCAGACACUGGAACUUACACCUCCACCCUCUCUAAAUCCGGGCAGAAGAUGAACGUACAACUGAUUGUUAAAGAAGCUUCUAUCGGUCCAACUCCUGCUCCCAAAACUGGUGACGGCACGAGAAGAGCGAGCAGUAUGUUCCUGCUGGUGUGCAGUCUCCUGUACAGCUUGAUCUUUUGAAGACAACAUGAAGCGCAACUUGUAUGUAAGCACUGUCGCAAGAAAAACAGGACGUUAUGAAGCAUACCUUCGUACAAAGCUUUUCUAUUCUCUGAGUUUCACAUUAUGAACAUUCUAGACAGAAAUUGAUAUCUGGUUCAUAUUUGGUAGGCUGUUAUAAACAUUUCAUAAGAGAAUGUAAAGAAGGGAUGAUGAUUUUCCGUUUCUAAAAUUGCCAGUUCCCUUUUGUGAUUUUGCCAAUUCCGUUUUUUCCCCCGUUUUCUGUAAUAAGAGAUGGGAAAAGUUUCCAUGUACUGAUGAUACAGUUUUGGAGUUCUGAAAUCCAUAAAAACAAAACUGGAGCAACACUUUUUUUUUUUUUACUCAAUUUCUACAUAAUUAUAGACUUUCAGGUUCAAAUUGAGAGUUGAAGAAAUGUAUGGCAUCGCCUCCACUGAAAGACACUAAAAUUAAAUAAAAGGCAUCAUGUCAGGGCUCAACAUUGAAGGUUCUAACUGCAAAGUUGAAUUCUGGGCAAAAUAUUCUAUUUCUAUUGCUGUUGGAGUUUCGAGAUGUUUUGCUGUGUGCGCGCGCACACAGAGACACAUCAAAGCUUUACAUUAACUUUUUUGCUCACCGGCCACUGUGGCUAGUGGUUUUCCCGAGUCACUAGCCAUUCAGCCUUUUCACUAGUCACAAUUUUGUUGCCAGGAAAUCGCAGUUUUUUCUUCACCAUGAUACGUUAAAGUUCGGAAGAUCUAGAUUUAAUUAUGAAUGACAGCGUAUAAUGUAUCUCUACAGUAGCACUCAAGUAUUCAGUGCUGUUAAGGUAGCUCCCUAUAUGAAAACAUGCAACCAGUUCAGACAAAAAUAUAAACAGUAUUCUGUUUAUUGACUCAAAUUCAAGCCCCUUACAAUAUGAAAUAUCGCAUAAUAUGAAAAAUAACAUUCAGUACAACUGAACUGAUUCUAAUAUUAAAAGUCCAAUUCAAAACAUUUAUCAUUGAAAAACAUUUGAUGUUUUGAUAUGCUAGUAUUAUGUGUAUUAUCAAGUAUUAUUAUGUAUAUUAUGUAUUAUCUACAGGGCUUGAAAUUCUUUUUUUUUUUUUCGCCAGCCAGCCAGACUAGUUACCUUCCAAAGUAACUAGCUAAACAGAAAAAUCAACUCGCCAAAAUUUGUUCAUGUAUGAAUUUUACUUCUGUCAAAAAUAACACAAGAGAGUAGUUACCAUUGUUCAUGACUAAUGUGCAUUUAUUUCAAGACCCGAGUAUUUUGAUACUGUUUUUUUUUUUUUUUGCACACUUUACAAAUUGGCAUUUGCUGUUCCACGUCCUCCUCGCGAUAUCCAAAAAAAUGCCAGAUGACUGACCCCUUACUAGAACCAGUUCGUCCGCUUCCAUUUUUAAUUUGUCGCUGAAAUUGACAGAGCUUACAUGGUAGCCUAUGCAACACCAGCGAUUGCAUGAACUGAGUCAGCGCUGUAAACCGGAACUAGAAAAUCUUCCGGCAAGUUCCUUUCAGCACCGAGAUGUCGCCCGGGAUUGGUUGGCGAGUGUGUGACGUUAUUGUUUUUUUUUUUUUUACCCUUAGGCAGCCUCUCACGUUACUGCCUGAGGGACAGGGAGAAAACCACCGGAAAAUGUUUUAAACAAACACGAAACAAACGCAAGUCGGCAGAUGACCAUAAAAUACUCGAUAGUUACGAUAUAAUAAUUUUAUGUAUCUCUCACAGAAUUUUCAGAGAUAUAUUGAGGAUAUUCAAUAUAUCGCACAGCCCUAGUCUGAAUCUUCGCUUCAUAUAUAUUUUUUUAUUUUCAACUAGCCAGCUGGGCUGCCUAGUGACAGGAAUUACCCGCCAAAUGACAAAUGAAGUCGCCUCGGGCGACCGGACCACCACGAAUUUCAAGCCCUGAUCUGUUAGUGUGUGUGUGUGUGUGUGUGUGUGUGUGUGUGUGUGUGUGUGUGUGAGUGUGAUGCAUGUGUGAACAUGUGUAAAAAGAGACAUUAAAUAUCCUCAUUACAUUCCUCAUCAGAGGAGUCUGAAUGGUCCAUGAAAAAUGGUCUUCGUGACCUGAGGCAUCCAGCAGGCCAUAAGUUGAUAGCUGGGGCGAGAUCAACUUCUUUACAAUCGCGUGAACAUUUCUAAACAGCAGCUCCAUCCUCUCCAGCUCAGCCGACUUCAUGACAGCCAGGGACUUGAAAGCAAUGCCGAGCUGUAGUGAACCAGCCAUCUUUGCCAGUUUUGAUGUGUGAGUACCGAUGUGUGCAUUUGACUUUUCGUGGUCCUUUAUGGUUUCGAGUUUAAAAUGACUGGUGCCUGUCUUUGCCAGACUUUCUACAGUCUUCGCAGUACAUGGUAUUUUCGGUUUUGCUGUGAACUAGCCAAUCUCGCCUGAACUUCCAUUUGUCAUUGAACUGUCUUAUCUUCCUAUUAGUGUCUUGUUCAUCUCCAUGGCCGUAGCCAGCUAUGAGGCCACUGAGGUCCGGACCUUGGUCAUUUUUAAGAGCUGAAAAUACAUUUGUGCGCUAAAUAUUCAACUGGAUAAAAAAAUAAAGAAUAACAUUAAAACGUCUCCAUAAAAAGUGCAUUGUUAAUUAUGUUAAACGCUGAUUCUGUCUUCUGUGUCUGUUUCGUGUGCGCGGCUCUGAGACCAAGAACACAAAAGUGCACUGUGGGGUACUUCCUGAAGUCCACAACCAUCUCCACGGUCUUUAGCUCUAGAUUGUGUUGACUGCACCAGGCCACCAACCUAUCAACCUCUUGCCGAUAUGCAGACUCGUCACCAUCCUGGAUGAGCCCAAUGACAGUGGUGUCGUCUGCAAAUUUUAGGAGCUUGACAGCUGGGUCUUUAGAAGUGCAGUCAUUUGUAUUGAAGUGUCCCAUUAUGGUGUGUAUUCUAAUCCAUUACCUGAUCUGCAGUUUUAAGUCAGUCACCCAAAUUCAAAGCUUCUGGAGGAAAUAAAGUUAAAUCCUGAUUAAUCCAGUAAAACUCUCUCGUCUCUCGUCUUCUUCCGCUUAUCCGGGACCGGGUCGCGGAGGCAGCAGUCUAAGCAUGGAAGCCCAAACUUCCCUUUCCCCAGACACCUCGGCCAGCUCCUCGGGAAGAACACCGAGGCGUUCCCAGGCCAGCCGAGAGACAUAGUCCCUCCAGCGUGUCCUGGGUCUUCCCCGGGGCCUCCUCCCGGGGGGACAUGCCUGGAACACCUCCCCAGGGAGGCGUCCAGGAGGCAUCCGAAAAAGAUGCCCGAGCCACCUCAGCUGGUUCCUCUCGAUGUGGAGGAGCAGCGGCUCUACUCCGAGCUCCUCCCGAGUGACUGUGCUUCUCACCCUAUCUCUAAGGGAGCGCCCAGCCACCCUGCGAAGGAAACUCAUUUCAGCCGCUUGUAUCCGCGAUCUUGUUCUUUCUGUCAUUACCCAAAGCUCAUGACCAUAGGUGAGAGUCGGAACGUAGAUCGACCGGUAAAUUGAGAGCUUCGCCUUUUGGCUCAGCUCCUUCUUCACCACGACGGACCGGUAAAGCGACCGCAUCACUGCGGAGGCUGCACCGAUCCGCCUGUCGAUCUCACGCUCCAUCCUUCCCUCACUCGUGAACAAGAUCCCGAGAUACUUAAACUCCUCGACUUGAGGCAGGACUUCUCCACCAACCUGGAGAGGGCAAGCCACCCUUUUCCGGUCGAGAACCAUGGCCUCGGACUUAGAGGUGCUGAUUCUCAUCCCAGCCGCUUCACACUCGACUGCAAACCGCCCCAGUGCAUGCUGAAGGUCCUGGUUUGAAGAAGCCAACAGGACAACAUCAUCCGCAAAAAGCAGAGAUGAAAUCCUGUGGUUCCCAAACAGGAUUCCUUCCGGCCCCUGGCUGCGCCUAGAAAUUCUGUCCAUAAAAAUUAUGAACAGAACCGGUGACAAAGGGCAGCCCUGCCGGAGUCCAACAUGCACUGGGAACAGGUCUGACUUACUGCCGGCAUUGCGAACCAGACUCCUGCUCCGUUCGUACAGGGACCGGACAGCCCUUAGCAAAGAGCCCCGAACCCCAUACUCCCGAAGCACCCCCCACAGAAUACCACGGGGGACACGGUCGAAUGCCUUCUCCAGAUCCACAAAGCACAUGUGGACUGGUUGGGCAAACUCCCAUGAACCCUCGAGCACCCUAUGAAGGGUAUAGAGCUGGUCCAGUGUUCCGCGACCAGGACGAAAACCGCAUUGUUCUUCCUGGAUCCGAGGUUCGACUAUUGGUCGAAUUCUCCUCUCCAGUACCCUGGAGUAAACUUUCCCUGGGAGGCUGAGAAGUGUGAUUCCCCUAUAAUUGGAGCACACUCUCCGGUCCCCUUUCUUAAAAAGAGGGACCACCACCCCAGUCUGCCACUCCAGAGGCACUGUCCCCGACCGCCACGCGAUGUUGCAGAGGCGUGUCAACCAAGACAGCCCCACAACAUCCAGAGACUUGAGAUACUCAGGGCGGAUCUCAUCCACCCCCAGUGCCUUGCCACCAAGGAGCUUGCAAACCACCUCAGUGACUUCGGCUUGGGUAAUAGACGAGUCCACCUCUGAGUCAUCAGCCUCAGUCUCCUCAGUGGAAGACAUGACGGUGGGAUUGAGGAGAUCCUCAAAGUAUUCCUUCCACCGCCUGACAAUGUCCCCAGUCGAGGUCAACAGCUCCCCACCCGCACUGUAAACAGUGUUGGCAGAGUACUGCUUCCCCCUCCUGAGGCGCCGGACGGUUUGCCAGAAUUUCUUCGAGGCCGACCGAUAGUCCUUCUCCAUGGCCUCCCCGAACUCCUCCCAGUUCCGAGUUUUUGCCUCCACAACUGCCCGAGCUGCAGCACGCCUGGCCCGCCGAUACCCGUUGGCUGCCUCAGGAGUCCCGGAGGUCAACAUGGCCCGAUAGGACUCCUUCUUCAGCUUGACGGCAUCCCUUACUUCCGGUGUCCACCACCGGGUUCGGGGAUUGCCGCCACGACAGGCACCGGAGACCUUGCGGCCACAGCUCCGAACAGCUGCGUCCACAAUGGAGGUAGAGAACAUGGUCCACUCAGACUCAAUGUCCCCCGCCUCCCUCGGAAGCUGGGAAAAGCUCUCCUGGAGGUGGGAGUUAAAGACCUCCCCAACAGAGUGCUCGGCCAGACGUUCCCAGCAGACCCUCACCAUACGUUUAGGCCUGCCAGGUCUGUCCAGCUUCCUCCUCCGCCAGCGGAUCCAACUCACCACCAGGUGGUGAUCAGUUGACAGCUCAGCCCCUCUCUUCACCCGAGUGUCCAAGACAUAGGGCCGGAGAUCAGAUGAAACGACUACAAAGUCGAUCAUCGACCUCCGACCUAAGGUGUCCUGGUGCCACGUGCACUUAUGGACACCCCUAUGCUCGAACAUGGUGUUCGUUAUGGACAAACCGUGACUAGCACAGAAGUCCAAUAACAAAACACCACUCGGGUUCAGAUCGGGGAGGCCGUUCCUCCCAACCACGCCCCUCCAGGUGUCACUGUCGUCGUCCACGUGAGCAUUGAAGUCCCCCAGUAGCACAAUGGAGUCCCCAGUCUGAGCACCCCUCAGUACCUCUCCCAGGGACUCCAAGAAGGCCGGAUACUCUAUACUGCUAUUUGGCCCGUAGGCACAAACAACAGCAAGAGCCCUCUCCCCAAUCCGAAGGCGCAGAGAGGCGACCCUCUCGUUCACUGGGGUAAACUCCAACACGUGGCGGCUGAGCUGGGGAGCUAUAAGCAAGCCCACACCAGCCCGCCGCCGCUCACCACGGGCGACUCCAGAGAAGUGGAAAGUCCAGCCCCUCUCGAGGAGCUGGGUUCCAGAGCCCAAGCUAUGCGUGGAGGUGAGCCCGACUAUCUCUAGCCGGUACCUCUCAACCUCCUGCACAAGCUCAGGCGCCUUCCCCCCCAGCGAAGUGACAUUCCAUGUCCCAACAGCCAGCCGCUGUGUCCGGGGAUCAGGUCGUCGAGGCCCCUGCCUUCGACUGCCACCCAAUCCACAUUGCACCAAACCCCUACUGCUACCUCUGUGGGUGGUGAACCCACAGGAGGUCGGGCCCACGUCACCUCUUCGGGCUGAGCCCGGCCGGGCCCCAUGGGCAAAGGCCCGGCCACCAAGCGCUCACAUACGAGCCCCAACCCCGGGCCUGGCUCCAGGGUGGGGCCCCGGCUGCGUCCUACCGGGCGACGUCACGGUCCUGGAUUUUUUCUCCAUAGGGGUUUUUUGGUGAACUGCUCUUGGUCUGGCCUGUCACCUAGGACCUGUCUGCCUUGGGAAACCCUACCAGGGGCAUAAUGCCCCCGACAACAUAGCUCCUAGGAUCAUUCAAGCACACAAACCCCUCCACCACAAUAAGGUGGCAGUUCUAGGAGGGGUAAUCCAGUAAAACUUGGAGUAUAAAUUAAUUUAAAGAAAUGAAACCAAAAGAAAACAAGUUGGACAUGAUGAGGGGGACAGAAUCACACUGUGAAUGAAAACAAACCGUGAGUGAGUUCGGCACUGUUCAGCACCGAAUCGGCACUGUCGUAAAAUUCCUGCGAAAUAUUUUACAACAUUUGUGAUGUUAAUGUGAAUCAUACAAAAGAAAAAUACACUGAUUAUCUGAAUAAAAUGAAGAUUCAGCACAGAUAUUUAUUUUAUUGAGGUAUUUGAUCGCCAUUUCUCUGAUUUUGAUGAAGUCUAAUAAUCUAUAAUUAGAUAUUACACUGUGGUUACACAGACACACACACACACACACUCCUGCUGUACUCGGCUUUCCUGGAAUUUCAUAAACAAUAACACGGCAGGAUCACUGAGGGGAUUGAACUAGUUUAGUUGGAACUUUAUUGAUGUCACUCUUGAAUAAUUACUAUUAAAAAUUAUUUUCAACAAAUAUUCAACUCGUCCCAUCAGAUAGGCAGAUGCAGAUUUGACUUGACUGGACCAAAUAUUGGGUCGUCCCGGACAGUACCGUUAAUGUUGAGCCCUGCAUGUGCAUGAUGAAAUGUCACCAUAAAUUCACAAAGUAUUCAAAUCACAGAAAUGGCACUGAACCUGAACUGAUCACUGAUGAAGAAACAGAUGAGAGACCGCUUCAGCAGGAUUCACCCAAACCGAGUCUCUAUCACCAUUAUACAUCAGCAUUGCGAGCUGCUUUGUGUUUUCCGUGGUGAGGCAUUCCCACUUAUAAUCCCCGGAUAUCUUUUUAUCCAGUUAGUGUGCACUGAUCAUAAGCCCUCGUGUCACUGACAGGACAUUGAUAGUUUGUUGACGGCCCAGUUUACACCAAGAUUUGGUUUCUUUUUUCCCCAAAAAAAAAAAAAGACCCUCGCUGUAUAGCUGCAUGGAUUGAAUUUCUCGGGUUUUGAAACUGGAUGCCGACAAAAACCUGUUUUCCGUUGCACAAUGCCAGUUCCAUUUCGGACCAGCGAUUCUGCAAUUUCUACUAAUUUUUUUUUUUUUAAUGAUCACGGAAAAUUAUCAUCCCUAACAUAUAGUGCUCUCUGAAAGUAUUGGAACAGCAAGGCUAAUUCUUUUGUUUUUGCUGGACAUUGAAGACAUUUGGCUUGCUUUUCUCCCAUAGACAGCUCUCUGGUCUUCAUGUUGGUCUAUCGGGUUUAUUUACAUUUUUAAUUAAUUUAUUUUUCAAAACAACAAAUGCAGUAUUUACAGGUGAAACCCAGGGCUUAUUCCAAGAGUAGACAUUAAGAGCGAGUAAUUCUUUACACAGUCAAACUCACAGGGCACAUCUGGGCAACAAGAAACAUGCCAGCUACAUGUUCCAAUAUUUUUGGUCACUCGAAGGCUGGGUGGGUUGAAACAAUUUAAACAAGAAUUAAUUUUCUUAAAUCUUCUGGAUAUUUAUAAUCUUUAUGUUCCAUGACACCAGAAUAUACUCAUCCCUGGGUGGUGAGUGUAUUGAUGUCGUAUAUCGGAAUGGCACUGAUGUGGAUCCAAUCAAAAACCUUGAUCAAAUUGUUAUAUCAGUAACGAGGCAGCUAUGUAAGGAUUUUAGAUUAGGCUCGGCCUGUAUAAACACUUUACAGCAUGUUACAAGUCAUUAGUUAGACUUGGGCUUUAGUGACUGUGCCCUGGGUUUGGAUGAAGACAAAAAUUGAAACUGAAACAAGUGUUCUGUGACGACUUGAAUGCCCCACCACAUUUGAGUGAUCAAACCCUGAGACACACACCAGUAUUAAGUUCUGUCCUUGACUUGACCUUGAGCACCACGGAUGGAUGUUAAUGCCAGGUUUGAAUAGGUUCAUGAUGAUCUUUGACACAUCUGAUGAAGUAUUUACAUGUAUUUUAUUUACUUUGUGUUUUUUUUUUUGUUUUUUUUUUUGCUCAUGUGUUUUUAUUGAAUAAAUGAUGCUCUGAAAA